CCAACCAUGAUUCCUGUCAUAAUGACUGAUGGCCCAGGACAAGUUCUAGUGGGGAGUGAAGUGGAGGAUGACCCUGAUCUGCUAAAUUACAGCUGUGCUGAAAAUCCCGAUCACUUCCUGGAUCUCGCGACAUUGGACUCACCUUCCAGGACACAAGCUGGGGAAUCAUGUGAAUGUUCUGGUGUCAAGUUGGAAAACGAGACGAUAGAGGAAACCGUUAGACAGUAUGAAACAAACCAUGUAUUGAGGGAUCCAGAGCAGGUUGGGAUAAAAGAGGACCCUGAAGACGUGGGUCUAAGUAAGAAGCAGUCAGAAGUGGAUAUAUCUGUCAGUCAGAAGCCCCGUCACCCUCGUCGCUCCAUCAGUAUGCCGGAGGUGACAUUGGACCAACUGAGAAUUCAAGAUAAAAUUUACAAGAAAGAGAAAACCGAUUGGAUGAUCGAGAAAGAAGAUGGAGUCUCUGGGGACACACUUCAACUGCCGGUGAAGAAAGAGAAGAUGACAGAGUCAGGACUGGGUUUUAAGAGGACACACAUGUCUGUAGCAGAGCGCAUCAGGCGGUUUAACGCUCUGACAACGCUUCUCCGUAACCCCAGGGUUCCUCCAAGGCCCCCUGAACCUCAGCUCAAUGAUGUCCUGCAUGAGAGUCAGCGGGAGGGGGGUCAGCGGAGCGUUGUACGUCUGCGCCGGCAGGGAGCACGGCGGUUUGGACGCUCCAUCAGCCAUGAUGGUGUUCCCGGACCUUGGCCAGGACAAGCCUCUAAAAAUCAUCAAGAGGUGCCAGUGGUUGUUCAAAGCCUCAGUGAGCCAGUCCUAUGUCCACCUCCAGAGCCAACUCCUAGUGUUUAUCAAUUUGCCCAAGAAGGACCGUUUGAAAUCCAACAUACUCAUCAACAACCGGAACACCUCAUGCAGACCAUCCAGGAUUUGUGCGCUCCUCCGUCACCCAAUCCAAAGCAGAACAAGGAAUCCUGCCAAGUGACGUUUAAAGAAUCACAAUUGAAUCUCAAAGAAAGACAAUUGGAACCGGUGGAGGAACAACCUAAGGAGUCAGAGCUACAUGAUCUGCUGGAGAUGCACUUGAAUACAUGCAAUCCAAAGGAGGAGCAAGACCAACACCUCACAGUUCCAAUGCAGGUGAAUAGACCGUCUCUGACCGACACCGUCUUCGAUGUUCCACCUCAGACCAUGGCCCCCCUACAGCAGGAGUCCAAAAGUACAGAAGUCAAAUUCCCUUUUCCCUCCAAGCCCUCCUCUCUCUCUCAAACAGAAACAUGCUCUCCCAUUCCCAGUGGACCCUCUCCCACACCAAUAGACAGAACAUCAACUGACCUCUACACUGCACACUUGGUGACUAACUGCUCCCCUUUCUCUGUCACGACCUUUGGCUUUAUAGAGAUAGACAUGGGGGUCAGUGAGACUGAUGGGGGUUCUCUCCCCGUUGAACUCUCUCCAUCACCAGCCUUGCAGUUCAAGCUCCCGGCCACCAAGAGACGCUACAGAGACUCGCCCUGCUGGCCCGUCCAUGAGAUUAGCAUGGCCUCAGGGGACCCAUUGCAGAUCUGAGGGGUACAGGACAGACUAAAUGGUACUCCGUAACUAGCGCAUUGGUCUUGAGUAGUAGGGUUUACAAAUGGGAAAAUAAGAUCACUCGCACAAAGAAUGCCAUGUGUUUUUAAACGUUUUUUAAAAAUAUAAUUUUCUGUUAUGCCAAUAUAGGUUAUACUAGAAAAGUAGUAUUUUAAAGCGGCAGUCAACAGUAGAACAAUAACAAAGUGGCCUCCCUGUUUCGGUAAAAAUCUGAGGGAUGGGGCUGGAGAAAUGUAACCACUCUCAAAUGUAUCGACAAAGCUAUGGAUGCAAGGCCUGUCCAUAAUAUAACAAUUAUAGUUUUAACCAAGUAUUGAGACUAUAUCGUGUUUGUUUACAUUGUUUUUCAAACAUUGGAGUAAAAUAAGCUUAUUUUGGGUUCUGAUGGUGUACAAAUGUUACUAAGCUGUCAAUCAAUAGGUAAAUAUCAUUAUUAUAUUAUGUAGCAACUGCUGAUUGCAGAUUUUAUUAUUGUCAAGUUGCGUUUUACAUAUCUGACUAUAUAUAAUUUGUGUAAAUGUAUGUAUUUCAGUUUGAAUAAAAUAAUUUAUU